CACACUUUUCUUCUGGUCUUCUGGUGAAAAGAUCACCCGGUUAUCGGCCCAGAGGAAAAGCACCAUAUCGGUCGAGACUAAUUAUGUGUCCUCUCAGUGAGACCACAACAGGUGCCCUCUUAGGCUCCACCUGUCUGCUCUCUUCUGCAGCGCUCUGGCGACCUAGAAAGCAGCCGUCAUGCAUUACAAGUGGUAUGCCGAUCCACCGGGGGCCGGGCGGCUCAAGCCCCCUCGGUCACCGGAUCGGCGGCACCUGCUCGGCCCCGGGUGCUAUUUUCACCCUCAGGAUAAAGUGAUGGGCAGCCGCCGCCAGUGCGCACGGACCCAGCAGCUCCAGACAGACCAGAGAGAAGCCAGGAUGAAGUCCACAGGCAGCGAGCGCAACCAAGACAGCUUCACCUCCGACCUGGACGACCUGGACAGCACCACCGACAGCUCCACCGGCGGCUACAGCCCGCGCAGGGAGCCGGGGGAGGCUGCGGGGAAGGACGGAGCGGUCGGUGGUUGUUCAUGUCCCGGUGCCGGGAGACGGAGGAGAAGGCGGAGACGUAGCAGCGGUGGAGGGGGAAGAGGCGGCGGCGGAGACGCGCGUCUCUCCGGGGUGAACAAGCAGAGGCAGGCGGCGAACGCGCGGGAGCGGGACAGGACGCACAGCGUGAACACGGCCUUCACUGCGCUGCGCACGCUCAUUCCCACAGAGCCCGCGGACAGGAAGCUCUCCAAGAUAGAGACGCUGCGUCUGGCCUCCAGCUACAUCUCCCACCUGGCUAACGUGCUGCUACUGGGGGACGACUGCCGUGACGGACAGCCUUGCAUCCGCUACGAGAGCAUCCUUCACGGCCCCGCCGCGCUCAGCGCGCCCUCCCUGCGGCCUAUCUGCACUUUCUGCCUCAGCAACCAGAGGAAACUGCUCAGAGAUGGAGGGAAGCACUCGGCUGCUGUGUGAAGCAAACAGCCUCCGGGACAGAAGAGGCGUCCACCUCCACAUUGUUUACAUGUAAACAUGUGAUGUUAAAAAAAAGAAAAACACAACCUGUAGGAAUCUGUACAUAUUAUAUAUAUAAAUAAAUAUAUUUAUUUUUGGAUUAGACUACAAAACCAGAUAUAGAACUAACACUGAAAAGCACUUUCUGUUCACUCUGUGUUUUGGUUGAGCUGUAACCUGAGCCGGUGUGUAAAGCUGCACCUGACAUGGGGGGGGAUAUUUUGGUCCCACAGAUAGUACAAACCCCCCCUCACCACCACCACCACGUCGCAUUCAGUCACAUGAGGGAAACUGAAGAGCAGCUCCCAACUGACAGCGGUUGCUGUCAGUUGAGUCAACGUUGCCUCCGAGUGCUUUCUGAAACAUUGCAAGUUUAAAAAGGAGGCAUUUAGUGACCCAUCACUGGCUUUUCACGUCGCAUCAUCUCAGGGAUCAGUGUCAGAUCAACUUGGGUUCUUUUCUUUUUGCACUUUUCUUUGGCAACUGUCACUACAACAAAUUUGUCUUUGUCCACAGGGACAUUUUGUAAAACGUCACUAAAAAGCAAAGGUACUAUAAACUUUAAAUACACACAAACAUUUCAAAUUUUAUGUAAAUUGAGAGUAUGAGUGAUACGAGCAAUCAUAUACAUAUAAUAUAUGGCAAAAGGAGCCACAUGGUGGCCCACUGGCCAAAAAAAUACAUAUAUAUCAUUUUUCGUUGCAGUGUGGUGAAAUGUUUACUUUUGCAUUGUUGCACAAUCUCUAUUUUACUUUUGAGACACAAAGUGAACGUCUUGUGAGUACAUGAAUGUAACACAGUUGACAAUGUGACAUCAACACACUGCCGGCCUCUGAUUGGUCAGAGUGCAGUAUAGGCUUCCUUCUGCACUUGAGUUUGCAAAAUUGAAAGAAAUAUAAAAUCACUUGAAGAAUCACUAGAUCCCGUGACAUGAAUUACACAGCAAAUAUGGCUGAGGAACUAUCAAGUGAGAAAAUGUUGCACACUACCUCAAAGCUGUCACAGAUACGAAGGCCUACCUCUAAAUCCAAUGUGUAACAUAUACACGACUGUGUAAAAUGUACUUGAAUACCUGACAAUUGUACUUUGCACAUCACAGAUACUGAGAAGCUGCUUGAAAAACAAAUGUAUUUUUGUACAAUAAAAACGAAAACAAACUG